AGAAAAAGGCGGAAGUUAGCAACGCAUCGCAAAGCAGUUAACAAAUAACCCGUACAAAACGAAUCGCUUUUGGGCUUUUAAUUGUGCUUGUUCUCCUCUUAUGACAUUUCUGGUGUGUCCAAAAGAGUGAAAAAUGCGACAGUGCUGUUUUGUCUCGUCUGCGUGCAUUUCAAAGUGUAGACUUACAAGCUAGAGUUAGCCUGUUAGCUUCGGACAAAGAGAACCGGAAGUUAGCAUCACAAGCUUAGUGUCGAUGUUGUGUAAAAAUGUUUUUAAAGUCUGGUGAAUGAGCGACUAGCAAAUGUUGAAAUAUAAAUAUAUGUAGUGUUAGAAAUAACAAAGUUCGAGGGGGAACUUUCUGGAUCUAAAAAAGAAGAUGUACGAGCGACGACGUCAACUACGAGCUGCUGUUUUCUAGCUUCAAAUGGAGUCACGUGGAGCAGGUGUCAGCGAAAAUCUUCAGCAGGAGCCACAGCCCGUCCAUCUUAAAGAGAAAGAGGAAGAGUCAGAGCCAUCCCACAUUCAGGAGAACGAGGAGGGACACAGCAUUAGUCCGGAUGAAGAGCAGCAGAAGGAGGAGGCUGUCUACAAGUUUCCAGUGACUUGUGUGGUGGUGAAGUGCGAAGAUGUUGAAGACGAAGUUCAGGGGUCCCAGAAGAAAGGGGCGGAGCCUUCAAACAGCAGCCUAACUCCACACAUAGCAAAAGCUGACUGUGGAGCUGACUUAGCGCCACUAUCAGAUAGCGAGGACACAAUGUCACACUCUCCUGACUCUGAUGAAGAAGACUAUGAAGCUGACAUGACGUGUCACACUGUUAACAAACACUUUAAAUGCUCCCAAUGUGACAAAACAUUUGGCAGCAAAAGUAAUCUAAAAAGGCACAUGGGGUGUCACACGGGAGAAAAACUAUUCAACUGCUCGGUGUGUGGCAAAGAAUUCUCCCAGAAAGGAAUCUUAAUGAGACACGCGAGAACACACACCGGGGAGAAACCUUUUUCUUGCCCGUUCUGCGCCAAAAGGUUCUCUAUAAAGGGAAAUUUGAUCACGCACACAAGAAUACACACCGGGGAAAAACCUUUUUCCUGUUCGGUCUGCAAAACAAGUUUCAUCGUUCGUUCGGCGUUGGUUCAACACAUGAGAACGCACACCGGCGAGAAACCUUUUCUUUGUUCUUUUUGUGGCAAAACCUUCUCGCAGAAAGUCAGCUUGAUGACGCACAUGAGGAGACACACCGGAGAGAAGGUGUUCAGUUGCGACGCGUGUGAUGAGCGAUUCUUUCAUAAGUACCAGCUAAACAAGCACAAGUGUGCUGGUGAGGAAAGAGGCGGUAAAUGAACCAGCGGUCAAACGUACUUUAUGGGCAUUUGAUCAAAUGUUAUUUUUUUUAAAGUGCAUGCCUCUAAGCAGUGCAAAUAGUUUUGCGCUGUUUAUUUCAAAAGAUGGAUGCGCAUCAACAAAUCAUACCAAGGGAAGAGAAGUACAAACCCCGUUUCCAUAUGAGUUGGGAAAUUGUGUUAGAUGUAAAUAUAAACGGAAUACAAUGAUUUGCAAAUCCUUUUCAAGCCAUAUUCAGUUGAAUAUGCUACAAAGACAACAUAUUUGAUGUUCAAACUGAUAAACAUGUUUUUUUUGUAAAUAAUCAUUAACUUUAGAAUUUGAUGCUAGCAACACGUGACAAAGAAGUUGGGAAAGGUGGCAAUAAAUACUGAUAAAGUUGAGGAAUGCUCAUCAAACACUUAUUUGGAACAUCCCACAGGUGUGCAGGCUAAUUGGGAACAGGUGGGUGCCAUGAUUGGGUAUAAAAACAGCUAUCCAAAAAAUGCUCAGUCUUUCACAAGAAAGGAUGGGGCGAGGUACACCCCUUUGUCCACAACUGCGGGAGCAAAUAGUCAAAACAGUUAAAGAACAAUGUUUCUCAAAGUGAAAUUGCAAGGAAUUUAGGGAUUUCAACAUCUACGGUCCAUAAUAUCAUCAAAAGGUUCAGAGAAUCUGGAGAAAUCACUCCACGCAAGCGGAAUGACCGUGACAUUCGAUCCCUCAGGUGGCACUGUCAAAAACCGACAUUAAUCUCUAGAGGAUAUCACCACAUGGGCUCAGGAACACUUCAGAAUACCACUGUCACUAAAUACAGUUUGUCGCUACAUCUGUAAGUGCAAGUUAAAGCUCUACUAUGCAAAACGAAAGCCAUUUAUCAACAACACCCAGAAUCGACGCCAGCUUCGCUGGGCCUAAGCACAUCUAAGAUGGACUGAUGCAAAGUGGAAAAGUGUUCUGUGGUCUUAUGAGUCCACAUUUCAAUUUUUGGGGGGAAACUGUGGACGUUGUGUCCUCCGGAUCAAAGAGGAGAAGAACCAUCCGGAUUGUUCUUGGCGCAAAGAUGAAAAGCCAGCAUAUGUGAUGGUAUGGGGGUGUAUUAGUGGCCAAGACAUGGGUAACUUAAACAUCUGUGAAGGCACCAUUAAUGCUGAAAGGUACAUACAGGUUUUGAAGCAACAUAUGUUGCCUUCCAAGCAACAUUAUCAUGGACGCCUCUGCUUAUUUCAGCAAGAAAAUGGCAACCUACGUAUUACAACAGUGUGGCUUAGUAGUAAGAGUGCGGGUACUAGACUGGCCUGCCUGCAGUCCAGACCUGUCUCCCAUUAAAAAUGUGUGGCGCAUUAUGAAGCGUAAAAUACGACAGCGGAGACCCCGGACUGUUGAACGACUGAAGCUCUACAUAAAACAAGAAUGGGAAAGAAUUCCACUUUCAAAGCUUCAACAAUAAGUUUCCUCAGUUCCCAAACGUUUAUUGAGUGUUGUUAAAAGAAAAGGUGAUGUAACACAGUGGUGAACAUGCCCUUUCCCAACUACUUUGGCACGUGUUGCAGCCAUGAAAUUCUAAGUUAAUUAUUAUUUGCAAAAAAAAAU